AUGUUCCUGGUGACCAAUGACUGUGAUAAAGAAGCACUGAAGCAAGGGGCGGGCAGGGAAGGAUCGCCAGUGAGAUCCGAGGGGAACCUCUGGCGCCCGCCCCCACCCUGGCCCCCAGCUCCCACCCGGCGGGUCCACGGGAAGCCGCGGCUCGCCAAGUUCCACCAGCCCUACAGUGAAGACACCCAACAGGAAAUCAUCAGGGAGACAUUCCAUUUGGUGUCUAAGAGAGAUGAGAAUGUUUGCAACUUCCUAGAAGGAGGAUUAUUAAUUGGAGGAUCUGACAGCAAACUGAUUUACAGACAUUAUGAACAUUUCAUCUUCUGUGUGGAUUCUUCAGAAGGUGAACUUGGCAUUUUAGAUCUAAUUCAAGUAUUUGUAGAAACAUUAGACAAGUGUUUUGAAAAUGUCUGUGAACUGGAUUUAAUUUUCCAUGUAGAUAAGGUUCACAAUAUUCUUGCAGAAAUGGUGAUGGGAGGAACGGUACUGGAGACCAACAUGAAUGAGACUGUUACCCAAAUUGAUGCGCAAAAUAAACUGGAGAAGUCUGAGGCUGGCUUAGCAGGAGCUCCAGCCCGUGCUGUAUCAGCUGUAAAGAAUAUGAAUCUUCCUGAGACCCCAAGAAAUAUCAACAUUGGUGACAUCUGUAUAAAAGUGCCAAACCUGCCCUCUUUGAAAUAAAAAAUUGAAAAGGCCACUUCCAGGUAAAAUCCAGGGGAAAGAGUCAUCUAAGUUUACCAUGCAGUUGUUUACCAAAAAUAGAGGAGGAGAGUCUUAACUUUUGCUCUUGGAUUUGAGUC